CCAGCAGCUCCGCGGGCGCGACGACGCACUCCUCUUCGACCACCUCCGCCGCCGCGGCGAGUGCGUGCGUGUGUGCGAGUGCGUGUGCGGUGGUUCGCGUGCGUGGGCGAAAGAGGGAGUGAGAGAGAGAGAGUGAGAAAGAGCGAGAGAGAGAGAGCGAUAGUGGCCGGCACGAUGCAGGCGAGCCCGGUGGUGUUCACCAUGUUCCUGGGCGCCAUCUUCGGCGUGCUGUCGGCGUCGCUGAGCAAAGCCCUACGCUACCAGGCGCCCGACGAGUGCCGCGCGCGCCCGGCCAACAUGCCGCCCGGCACCAUCACCGCGGGCGGUGCCGACUUCCUCGCGAGCGGCGGCGAAAUCGGCGGCUCCACGGAGAAAGUGGCGCUCGAGUGCCGCCUGCGCACGAUCAACAGCGAGCUCGAGAACACCAACUUCAGCGUCAUCCAGCCCGAGCACACUGUCAAGCUGCGCCUAGAGUGCAGCGACGUGCUCUUCUUCCAGAGCUCGCUCAGCGCCGGCAGCUUCCGGCCGCUGGUGGAGCUGCGCGAGCUCGCCAUCUGGUACUGCAAGAUCGGCAACCUGUCGGCGGGCGCCUUCCGCGGCCUGCGCGAGCUGCGCAACCUCACGCUGCGCACGCACAACACCGACUGGUCCGCCAUGACACUGCAGGUGGACCCCGACGCCUUCACCGAGGAGCUCGGCCUGCUCGAGCGGCUGGAUUUGGGCGAGAACAACAUGUGGACGCUGCCCGACGGCGUCUUCUGCUCCCUGCACAGCCUGGAAGUGCUCAACCUGACGCGCAACCGCCUGCGCGACGUGGCCGGCUUCCGCUUUAGUGCGGGGGCGUCACCGCCCGGGUCGCGCUGCGGCGCCAAUCUCAAAAUGCUCGACCUGUCCAACAACAGUGUCGACUCCCUGCCGCCCGCCGUCUUCUCGGGGCUGUCGCGCCUGCAGCGCCUCAACAUGCAGGGCAACGGCAUGAAUUUCUUGGCCGACCGCGCGCUCGAGGGGCUCACCUCCCUCACCGUGCUCACCCUGGCGCACAACAAGCUCAUCAGCCUGCCGCCCGAGCUGUUCGCGGACACGCGUGACAUCAAGGAGGUGUACCUGCAAAACAACUCCAUCAACGUGCUCGCGCCGGGGCUGUUCGGGGAGCUGUCGCAACUGCUCGUGCUCGACCUGUCAAGCAACGAGCUCACCUCCGAGUGGGUGAACGCCGCCACCUUCACGGGCCUCGUGCGCCUCGUCGUGCUCAACCUGUCCGGGAACCGCAUCGCCAAGCUCGAAGCCUCCGUCUUCCGCGACCUCUACAGCCUGCAAAUCCUGCGCCUCGAGGACAAUGUCAUCGAGACCAUACCCGAGAACACCUUUGCCUCUCUUUACAAUCUGCAUACAUUAAUCCUAUCCAACAAUAAAUUAGCCGUGAUAGAUAGCUAUACCUUCAAUGGCCUCUAUGUCCUUAGUCUCCUUUCCCUAGAUAACAACAACAUCCGAAGCAUUCACCCCGAAGCAUUAAAAAAUUCCUCGAGCCUUCAGGACCUCCACCUCAACGGAAAUCAGUUCCUAGAUGUUCCUGAAGUACUAAGGGACGUACCGCUUCUAAAGACAUUAGACCUGGGUGAAAACCACAUAAUCAACAUCGCCAAUACAUCCCUGAGCGACAUGAAGCACAUAUACGGCCUGCGGCUAACGGAGAACAACAUAGGCAACAUCACGAAGGGAACCUUUGACCGGAUGACCGGUUUAAAAAUUCUUAAUUUAUCGCGCAAUAAAAUUCACAAAAUUGAAGCGGGCGCUUUCGACAGCAACAUUAACCUGCAGGCCAUUCGUCUGGACGGCAACUACCUGUCGGACAUAACCGGGCUCUUCGCGAAGCUACCCAGCCUCAUCUGGCUGAACAUUUCCGACAACCAGCUGGAGUGGUUCGACUACGCGCUCAUUCCGACCGGGCUGCAUUGGCUCGACAUACACGCGAACCGGAUCGCCGAGCUGGGCAAUUACUUCGAAAUAGAGAGCCAGCUGCACCUGAGCACCUUCGACGCCAGCUCUAAUAGGCUGACCGAAAUCACGGGCAGCUCCAUCCCCGACUCCGUCGAGCUGCUGUUUCUUAACGACAACAAGAUCAACAAGGUGCAGUCGUAUACUUUUUUCAAGAAACCUAACCUCACUCGGGUGGACCUCCAGAACAACAACAUAAGCAGCCUCACGCCCCAUUCGCUGAGAAUUUCGUCCGUGGCCGGCACUCAGAAGCUACCUGAGUUCCAUAUCGGGGGAAACCCUUACCAGUGUGACUGUGAUAUGGAGUGGUUACAAAGGGUGAACACGAACAGUGCUCGAAAUCAGCCGAAGCUUGUGGACUUGAAUCACAUUUAUUGUAAGCUUCUGUAUAACCGUGGCCGCCGGUACGUACCACUCGUGGAGGCGACCCCGCAGCAGUUCCUGUGCCGCUACGAAACGCACUGCUUCAGCUCGUGUCAUUGCUGUGACUUCGACGCGUGCGACUGUGAAAUGACGUGCCCUACCAACUGCACGUGCUACCACGAUCAGGCGUGGAACGCGAACGUUGUUGAUUGCACGUCGGCCGGAUACAUGCAGAGGUUACCGGACCAAAUCCCCAUGGACGCCACGCAGCUGUACCUGGACGGGAAUGACAUUCGGCAGCUCGUGAGUCACGCGUUCAUCGGGCGCCGGAAGCUGUCAGUGCUGUUCCUGAACGCGUCCAACAUCGACAUCAUCCACAACCGCACCUUCAACGGCCUCAAAGAGCUGCGCACGCUGCGCCUGGAGGACAACUCGCUGCGGGAGCUGCGCGGGUACGAGUUCGAGGGCCUGGACGAGUUGGAGGAGCUGUACCUGCAGCGCAACCGCAUCACGGCCGUCCACAACUCCACGUUCGCGGCCACGCCGCGCCUGCUCAAGUUGGACCUGUCGCAGAACCGCCUGUCGCGCUUCGUCGUGUGGCACCUGCCGUCCACGCUCACCAAGGUGGCCCUCGCCGCCAACCCGUGGUCGUGCGACUGCGACUACACCAACAGCUUCCGCGAGUGGUUGCAGAAGAACAUAGAAAGUGUGAAAGACGCCUCGUCUAUACGGUGCGUGCGCGGUGCGAACGAAUCCGAGGCGGAUGAAUCAGAUGUGGAGUUUGAUAACGGUUUGUUUAUGAUUUCCGAUAACUCGUCCACGUGCUAUGGUAGUGUGAAUGUCAGUAGUGUUGUCAACAAUGUGACAGUAGUGAAAAAUAUCAUUCAGCGACAACCAAUCAACGACUACAUUCCUCUGCUGAUAGCCACGUUGUGUGCGGCAGUGGUAGUGAUCUUCAUGAUUCUCGUGACAUUCAUCUACCGCCAAGAGCUCCGCGUGUGGUUCCACUCGCGCUUCGGCAUCCGGUUGUUCUACCGGUCCUCGGACCAGGACCGCGACGACCGCGACAAACUGUUCGACGCGUUCGUGAGCUACAGCUCCAAAGACGAGACGUUCGUGGCGGAGGAGCUGGCGCCGCACCUCGAGCACGGCGACCCGCCCUACAAGCUGUGCUUGCACUACAGAGACUUCCCCGUGGGCGCCUUCAUCGCCGAAACGAUCGUGCAGGCCGUGGAGUCGUCGCGCAGGACCAUUAUGAUCCUGUCGGAGAACUUCAUCAAGUCGGAGUGGUGCCGCUUCGAGUUCAAGUCGGCGCAUCACCAGGUGCUGCGCGACCGCAGAAAAAGACUGAUCGUGGUGCUGCUCGGGGAGGUCCCGCAGAAAGACUUGGACCCGGACAUCCGGUUGUACCUUAAGACAAACACGUACUUGCAGUGGGGCGACAAGUUGUUCUGGGAGAAGCUGAGGUUCGCGCUACCCGACGUGCCCAACAACAAGCGAGGCCGGCUGGGCGGCCCGCGCAACAGCAACGCCGUGGCCGCGGCGGCAGCGGCCACGCCGCGGCACACGUGGUACACCCACCACGUGACCGGCACAACAACCACAGCCACGGGCCGCAGGCACCAGCGCCAACACCACCCCGCGCUCCGUCGCCAUCCACAUAUAGAAUGGCGGGGCCGCGCGGCGCCCCGGCCGAAUCGCGGUGGGUUCCGGCCGCCGUCGCAGCUUGGCCGCCGCCGCAAGCUGCCCCUGCCGCCCUUGCCCUGCCAUGCGCGCGUCGGCGCCGCCCGCGAUGACUUCGGAACAGGCUCCUUAGGAUGCGAGGCCGUCGCCACCGCUCCCGCGCUGCCGUCGCCGCAGCCACAGCCGCCGACGCUGCAACCGGCUCGUUACCCGUCGGGCGGUGCCCGAAACGCGGCGACAGCGUCAAUUGGGGUUAUCUUGGGCCUACAAAUGUUUCUUUCGCCGCCCUUCAAUGAACAAUUGGGAUCUUGUUAA